AUGCCGCAUGGCAUUGUGUUUGUAGCUGAACACUUCCCAAAGCCUUCCCGCUCAUUCCGAUCAUCUGCAGUCCCCACACAGCCUUCCACAUCCUCCUGCCCGCUACUCACAAAUUCCCAACCACUCCUCCCACAUUUUCCUCCGGUCCCCCUCCCCUUCCUUCACUUCUCUCCAUUCUACAUCACUGCCCACUCCAUCCCGAUCUCAGCCGUCAGCCGCAAUCCUGCCGGCUUCCAAGACGCCCAGCCGUCCCUUGAGCUAGCCUGCAGCCCGGCCGGCGUCCCCGGCGCCCCUCGCUCCCACGCCUCUUCCCAGAGGCGCCCCGGCUCCCCGCCCCCCGCCCCCUCGCUCCGCACGGCUCUGCGCCGGAGCGCUGCUCCACGACAGCCCGGGAGCCGCUGCCCAGGGAGGACGAGGCUGACACCCCGCCCCGCACCCCAGGCCCAUUACCGGCCCCGCCGCGGACGCCUCUCCCGUCAGGGUCUCCGCCACCCCUGCUGCCGCCUCAGCCCGUGUGCACUGAGAGAAGACCGAGGCGCGCCGGUCCCCGGGCCCGUCGCGCGCCGGUGCGUCGUGGCCGGGACCUGGGGCAGCCUGGGAAAUGGAGUCUACACCCGGCCCACGCCCAAUGGCAUGCCGGGAGUCGGAGGCGGCCAGUGCCGCAAAGCCCUAGCAAAGCCCUAG